CUGAGUUUUUCGACGGCCAUUGAUUGAUCAAAAUAGUUAAAUUUUUAUCUGAGAUUAAUUGCUUCGCUUCUAUAUUAAACGGGAUACCAGUCUUAUUGGUUUUUAGGAGAAUAUAAAAGUUAAAAACUUAAAUAUAUAAUUAUUGUAACAAAUAAAUAAGUGAAUAUUAUUGAAGUAAAAUUUUUAUUGGACAAAGGGCAAUAUAUUGCCUUUGGUGUGGCGAAUUCACACCACAACUAAAUCCACUGUCCUAAAAAUCUUACCACGUUACAGAGGAAUCCAGCGAAAUGGAUCCAAACUACGCGACAUCUUAGCAAAUUCUCUUCCUGGUGGAGGCAACGCACAAGUCCGCGAAACGCUCCAUAACAUCGAUAGCUGUCGUACUUGGUGUGAUUUUACUCCAGCACAGAGAAAAUAUUUCAACUAACUCCUAUCCCCUUCAUAACCAUAUUUAUAAUACCUGUUUUUUUAAUCCUUACACCUAAUUAAUACAACCGGAUAAAUAUGUUCCCAACUGACCACCAAAGUUAUUUUAUAAUGACAUACUACCUCGGCUAGUCGUCAAUAGCGGCUGCUUCAAUAUUCAACUAUAACAAAUAUCCAAAGACGCAUUACUACAUAUACAUACAUCUUGUAAGUUUUCCACUUCAAUAACAUUAUUAUCAGGAAAUAUAGCAUUAUACUGCAAAUGUAAGGAGAGUGUGCGUGCAACAGCGGGUUCAACAAACUUAUAUACAUAUGAGGAAUCUCAUGCAAUACAUUUACACAACAACAUUUUAUAUAUAUUUGUAGCCAGAUAUUGAUAUUUUUUUCAUUCGUUCAUUGAGCAUAUUUUGACAAUAUAAUAUUUCUGUGCGUAUUAUUCAACAUAUUUCUGAAAUUCCCGAAUAUUUCAUUUGUAAUACAACUGUAAAAUGCAACGGUGGUUUUUCGCUGAUGAGGCCGAGGAUUGCGAUGCCAUGGCGGCGCCUGUGGCAUCAUCGUCCUCAGUGGAGUUGUUUCAACCUGCUACACCGGUACAUGUCAACUGGAAAUUUUGGAUUCAAGUAAAUCAAGAUUUAGCGCCUAAUGAGCGUCUGGCCAUUGUGGGAAGCACCGAACGUCUGGGCAAUUGGCAGUUUAGCGAGUGUAUAGUCAUGAUGAAGGAAGAUGACAAGAAUCUAUGGUACACCUAUGUUAGCAUUCCCCGUGAUACACGCACCGACUACCGUUAUUUAGUGGUUGCAGUCGAUCCGACAGCUGAAAAAACAAUUGUGCGCAAUUGGGAGGCCCAUCUAAAGCCACGUUUUGUCAUACCCGGUGUAAAUCGCAAGACUAGGGAGUGCGACGAAGAAUAUGGUUACGUAAAUGGUGUUGAGAAAGUGGACCGUGGCUGGGUAACAUCUGAGACAAUUGUACAAUUGAAAUUUUUCAAUGCACCCUUCACAUGGAAACAACGCAUGAAGCGGCGUUUAAUCUUUGUUAAAGUGACACCAAUGAACUUGACGAUACCGCACGGUGGCGGUGCUGGCGGCGGUGCCGGUGGUGAUUACCAUACGUUUUCACAACUCGAAGAUUCACUGUCAAACGACACGCACGAUACACGUGAGAAUGGUGCAGAUCUUAGCACCGCUUUCGCUUUCAACGAAGUAGCCGUGUUACAAGCUGACGAGUCCGUCAUAAAAGUACAACCACAAUUCGGCACAGCUUGUGGUCCUGAUGACGUAGUAAUUUUCCAUUUGACAAUCGGUGAUUUCGAUAGUACUGCCUAUCUCAUUGAUUUAUAUUCGUACAGCUCAAAAGCAGCCAUGGAUGAGCCGCCCUACCACCUCGGUUAUCACUAUGUUUUGCCCAAUUUACUCAAACGCUCUGAUGGUAACCUGGAAGUACCCAUAACAUGCGCAACACGCCAUCGGCCAAUGGGCAUGAUGCAGAUAGGCUAUUUGCUGGUGAAACCAACCAAGUGCAUUAAGUUGGACAUGGCGCUGACAUAUACGCGCUAUUGGAACCCCAAAUGGACUGGUUUGGAUGUGGGGCAUCGCGGUUCGGGCACCAGUUUCAAGACAAAGGAUUCUGUGAUACGCGAAAACACAAUUACUUCGCUGAAGAAUGCCGUCGAGCAUGGCGCCGAUAUGGUUGAGUUCGAUGUACAACUGAGCAAGGAUUUGGUGCCGGUAGUCUAUCAUGACUUCAUGAUCUAUGUGUCGCUCAAAGCGAAAGGCAGCUGCAAGCCGAAUGAUUUUCUGGAGUUACCAAUGCGUGAGCUAACGUUGGAUCAACUGAACAAUUUGAAGGUUUAUCACACACAAGAGGGCCGUACACGCGAAGAGCGUUGCUUUCACAACGAUGAUCAGCUGGAGCAUCAACCAUUUCCCAGCCUUGCGGACGUCUUGGAUGCCAUCGAUCAACAUGUUGGCUUCAAUAUAGAAGUGAAAUGGUCACAGCGGCUCAAAGAUGGCACCAUGGAGGAGGAAUUCGAGCAUACUAUCGACCGCAAUUUGUAUGUGGACUGCAUUUUGAAUGUGGUAUUCCGCAAAGCUGGCGAUCGACGCGUUGUAUUCUCAUGUUUCGACCCUGACAUUUGCACCAUGCUGCGCUUUAAGCAAAAUCGUUACCCGGUUAUGUUCUUGACUCUCGGUGAAACGACGAAAUAUCAAAAAUAUCUAGAUCCACGCGGCAACACCAUUGAAAUGGCUAUAUAUAACUCCUUAGCCAUGGAGUUGUUGGGCAUUGUAGCGCACACUGAAGACCUGUUACGUGAUCCCACAAAGGUGAAUUUAGCUAAAAGCAGCGGCUUGGUGGUAUUUUGCUGGGGUGACGACAAUAACUGCAAGGAUACAAUUAAAUUCCUCAAAGAAUUGGGCUUGCAUGCCAUAAUUUACGAUAAAAUGGAUGUGCUCACCAGCAAAGAAGUGAAGCAAAGCGUGUUCCUGCUGCAAGCCAAGGAGAGCCAAAAUGAAAUACUCAAACUACAGGCGCUGGAAAUGGGCAAACUCUGGCACGACAAUGUACCGGUAGUGCAUAAAAAGCACUAA